AUGAGCCAGAUGUACGACGACCAAUACUAUGCGGCCUCGCGCCGUCGCUCUCUCGCCACACCUCCUCCUUCCAUGUCUCCGCACCACAACCGAACCCGUAGCCACAGCGUGCGCGUGAGCAACGGCACUGCCAGCACCCACACCAGUUUCUCCAGUGGACGGAUAUCCGAGGCGACAAAUAUCACCCAGCCCCCCUCGUUCUCAAAAAAGUUUGUCGUGGUUGGCGAUGGUGGCUGUGGCAAGACUUGUUUGUUGAUUAGCUACUCGCAAGGAUACUUCCCAGAGAAAUAUGUCCCAACAGUAUUUGAGAACUACAUCACUCAGACCACGCAUCGGUCAUCCGGAAAGACAGUCGAGUUGGCGCUCUGGGAUACAGCUGGACAGGAGGAAUAUGAUCGUCUGCGCCCCCUGUCCUAUCCUGAGACCGAUCUUCUUUUUGUUUGCUUUGCGAUAGACUGCCCAGCCUCGUUGGAAAAUGUCGUGGACAAGUGGUAUCCCGAGGUCCUGCACUUCUGCCCAACCACACCCAUCAUCCUUGUUGGCUUAAAGUCCGAUCUGCGCAGCAAGCGAACAUGCAUCGAGCUCCUCAAGACCCAAGGCCUGACUCCCGUCACCCAAGAGCAGGGCCAUGGAGUGGCCCAGCGGAUGGGGGCAACCUAUGUCGAGUGCAGCAGCAAGGAGAUGCGCGGUGUGGAUGAAGUCUUUUCCAGGGCAGUUGACACGGUCGUCUCAAUUGAGGAGCAAGGCUGGAUAUCCCAACAGGCCCACAGCCGCCACAGUGCAAAACCCUCCGUCAGUGGCGGCCUCGGCAAGAAGAUUAAGAAGCGGACCUGCAAGAUCCUGUAA